UAGAACUUUACCCAGCAUCCUGUUCGCGCUCAACAUGGAGGAACUGACGGUGGAGGUCCGUGGCUCCAAUGGAGCUUAUUAUAAGGGCUUUGUCAAAGACGUUCACGACGACUCGCUCUCCGUUUCGUUUGAAAAUAACUGGCAACCUGAAAGACAAGCUCCCUUCAGCGAUGUGCGGUUACCACCUCCUGCUGACGGCAAAAAGGAGAUCACCGAAGGAGAAGAAGUGGAGAUUUACUCCCGAGCGAACGAGCAGGAGCCCUGCGGCUGGUGGCUGGCUAAAGUGUGCAUGAUGAAAGGAGAUUUCUACGUUAUCGAGUACGCCGCGUGUGACGCAACCUACAACGAGAUCGUAACGUUUGAGCGUCUCCGCCCGGUCAACCGCAAUAAAGCUGUGACGGAGAGCACAUUCUUUAAGUGUGCCGUUCCUGUCCCAGAUGAUCUCAGAGCAGCAUGUGAGAAUGAACAAGCCCACAAGGACUUCAAAAAGGCAGUCGGAGCCAUUCGGAUUGUUUACAGCCCAGAGCAAAGCGAACUGGUUGUGUUGUCCAUGAGCGAAGCCACCGGCAAGCGCGUCUCGCUGCUGAGUGACAUGCAUUUACGCAGCAUCCGCACCAAACUCCUGCUCAUGUCCCGGAACGAGGAGGCCACCAAACAUCUCGAGAGUACGAAGCAGUUGGCCUCGGCGUUUCAAGAGGAGUUCACUGUGAGAGAGGACCUCAUGGGUCUCGCCAUCGGGAGCCACGGCAGUAACAUUCAGGAAGCCAGAAAGGUGCCAGGAGUGACCGCCAUCGAGCUGGACGAGGAGACGCGAACCUUCAGGGUUUACGGAGAGACUGCUGAGGCGGUACAGAAAGCAAGGAUUUAUCUAGAGUUUCUGGAAGAUUCAGUGCAGAUUCCUCGCAAUCUUGUUGGGAAGGUUAUUGGAAAAAAUGGCAAGGUUAUCCAGGAGAUUGUGGAUAAAUCUGGUGUAGUGAGAGUGCGCAUCGAAGGCGACAACGACAACAAACUCCCGCGACAGGAAGGAAUGGUGCCAUUUACAUUUGUUGGUACGAAGGAGAGUAUCAGCAAUGUACAGGUCCUACUGGAGUACCAUAUUGCUUAUCUAAACGUGAGUAUUUACAGUACAAAACUCGAGCGCUUGUUCCCCCCCACCCGCCCCGCCGAUAAGGACAAGAGGUCCGCCACUGAAGAGAGCAUCACCCAUAUCAACCGCUCCUACUCCGGCAGGGGCCGCGGCCGCCGGGGGCCCGCAUACACGUCUGGCUAUGGCAGUAACUCCGAGCACUCGUACGCCUCGGAGACCGACUCUGAGCGCAAGGAGGAGCUGAGCGACUGGUCCAUGGCAGGAGAGGAGCCCGAGCACAGCCUCAGACAGCAGAGGGACAGCAGGAGGAGAGCGGGAGAGCGCCGGGGCCGCGGCAGAGGACCGUCCAGCUCCAUUAGCUCAGUCCUGAAAGAUCCCGAUGGAAACCCAUAUAGUCUGCUGGACGACACCGAGACUGAUCAGACAGCGGACACAGAUGCCAGUGAGUCCCAGAUGAACAGCAGCCGUCGCAGGCGCUCCCGUCGUCGCCGCACAGAUGAAGACCGCACAGUCAUGGACGGCAUGAGCGAGUCCGACAACACCUCCCUCAGUGAGAACGGUCUCGAUGAUGCUGAAGCUAAACCCCAGCGGCGCAAUCGUAGCCGCCGCCGCCGUUUCCAGCCUCCUGAGGAGAGGCAGCCAGUUACGGUGGCUGACUACAUAUCACGAGCUGAAUCUGAGAGCAGACAGAGAAACCCAAGAGAUCUGAGGAAGAACAAAAAGGACAUGGGUCAAGUGGAGUUCAUAUCGGAGCACAGCCCCGCUGAAGCCGUGAGCAACGGCUCCACCAAAGCAGACGAUCAGAGCAGAGCACCACGAGCUUCCGCCGAGAAGACGCCCAAAGCCAAGCCAGCCGUCGUCAACGGAGUCUCCUAACCAGUUCGCUUCAUUUCUCCAAACUCAUAACCUUUACAAUUUUACAAUAGUGCUUGUACAAGCUUGCCAAAGAUAGACGUACGGACUUCCACAUUCUCGAUUGCACUUUUCAGUUCCUUCACUAUGGAACAGAUAAUUACAAUGGAAAAAAAAAAAAAAGAUUAUGAGACGAAAAAAAACCCCGUUACGUCACACCUGUAUUCCUGAUUGGAUGCUGUGCCUUCAGAGCGUAGUUUCAACAUUUUGUUGGCUGGCUAUAAAGCAAACAAACAGAAUAAAAAAAACAACAAUACUUUCUGUAUUUCUGAAUACAGAAAGACUCCCAGACAUCCUUAGCUGCUUUUUGUUACGUUUUAAUAUGCAACCACUUCUUCACGAGGGGUUAUGGGGAAAAAAGGAUGUUUUGCACUGAAUAGUCAUUUCUUGACCUUUAGAAUAAUGUUAGUCUGGAAACUGGUCUGCUAACUGUCCAUUUUAAAUGCUGUAUGCACAACACUUCCUGAAUGAUUGAAUUGGGUUUCAUCUUUUGCCUGUUGGGUUGUUGUAAUGGUGGCAACCGAGACCGUUUCGCUAAAGGAGCCUUUUUUUUUGUUUUUGGUUUAUUUAUUUUAAAAUGUACAGUAUUUAAAAUUAACAACGCAGUGGAUUUUAACACUAAACUAACUGCCUGAACUUCUUAGCACGCAGAUUACAAAUUUGGACUACUGAAAGAUCAAUUUCCAGAUGUUCUGUUCUGUAAACUACGUUCGUUAGUCCUUUUGUUUUGUUUUUUAAGAUCAUUCUGGUUGUUUGAUGUGCAAUAUGUUUUGUAUGCAGGUAGUUCAUAAAUAAACAUUUGAUCUUCCAGCCAA